AUGACGAUUUGCCGUGUGUUUUGUGUAGUGUUGGCGCUGGCACUGCUGUGCUGCUGCUCGUGCGUGUUUGCCGCGGGGGAUGAGGAGGAGCCGCAGUUGCUUCAGGUGAAUGCAGAGUGUGCGGGUAAGGAUAAACUCGUGCGUUGGCAACUCCCUGGGAAGUCAUUGUGGUACAACUGCACGGUUGAAGAUAGUGGUGUGGGACAGAUGAUUUGCGGCAUGGGCGACGGAAAAUGUGCGUCCGAAUCUGCUGAGAGGCGCAGCAAAGGAGUUCUGAAUGAUGGUGUCUUCACGAUCAACGUCGAUGCGCCCACUCCAAGCGCGGUGAAGAGUUGGUGGGAGAGUAACGUGGAGCCGAAAGCGGCCACCGUUGUAAGUGUUCCGUCCGAGCCUUUGGAAGCAGAACCUCUGGGCUCUCAAGAACAAAAGGCUCCCGGUGGCACCUCCACAACAAAUUCCGAAUCUUCUCCUGCUGUCGUUGAGGUUGCGACUGGUGCCCCUCCUCCUCCUCCACCUGCAACUCCGGGCGGCGCUGGUGCUAAUUCUGCUGCUGGCGCUGCGGCCACGACGGAUCCUUCUGCUGCGGCCUCGCAAGCGUCGGAUUCCGCUCCCUCUGGUGAACUUCAAGGCGCUGCACAUUCUACUUCUGCUGCACCCGAAUCUAUACCAGACCCGGAGCUCACAGAAGGCGGCGGCCACUCCUCCCAUGACCCUCCAGUGGAGCUGCAGGAAGAGACACUUUGGCUGCUCCACCGACUCAGUUGUCCCAGACCGGCGAGGACGGGGGUGCAGCGGGAGGCGCCGAAGAGGACACCGCCACCAACACCACCGACACUGCUUCCGGUGAAGUAA